AUCCCCCUCUGUCUCGUGAAUCUCUUAUAUUUAAAUCUCCAAUGGCUUCUUCUCGCCUCUGCUCACGCUAAAAAUUCCACCUUUAGCUUUCCUUUCUCCCCCUGCGACCGAUAGGACACACGGCAGAAAAUACUAGUCGAAGGGUAGGUAUGGAGUUCGAUCUCGAGAACCCGCUGACGAGCGGCGAAGACGAGCAGCAGCGCCGGGACUCCAUCUCGGACCUCUUCGCCGCCGAGUCCGACCACAUGAUCUCCACCGUUGGAACCAUCGAUCUCCAUGCCCGGCGAAACGCCGAGUCUCUCAUCCUCCAGGCGCAGUUCGACUACGGUCUGGAUCCCCUCGUCGCAUACCUCGCAAUAAACUACGUCGAUCGAUUCCUAUCGAAACGCAAGAUCCCGAGAGGGAAGUCGUGGAUCGUUCGUCUGCUCUCCAUCUCCUGCCUCUCCCUUGCCUCCAAGAUGAGGAAGACCAGCUUCGCCCUCGCGGAUAUUCAGGGAGAGGAAGGAUGCAUAUUCGACGCUCAAACGAUUCGGAGGAUGGAGCUUCUGGUGCUUGGAGCGUUGGAUUGGCGGAUGCGAUCCGUCACCCCUUUUUCCUUUCUCCGAUUCUUCAUCUCCUUCUUCUCUCCCGCCCAACCCCCUCUGCUCCGAGCACUCAGAGCCCGUGCCACUCAGAUCCUCCUCAAAGCCCAAAAAGAGAUAAAGAUGAUGGAGUUCCAACCUUCGGUGGUAGCCGCCUCCGCGCUGCUCUCUGCUGCCUACGAGCUCUUCCCAAUUCAGUAUCCGGCCUUCCGCGCCGCCGUCUCCUCCUGCGAGCUUGUAAAUAAUGACAAGUUGUUGGAUUGCAGCAGCGCCAUGGGAGAUGCGGAAGCAGCGGCGACGGACGGUUGCGAUGAUUUGGCAACGAUGGGGAUGGCGUCGAGCUCCUUGACGCCGGUGACCGUCCUCGGCCACCACUGCUCGAGCUUCGAGAGCGAGCCUGCCGCUGGGUCCUCGUCGGACGUCCGCGAGCUCAAGAAGCGCCGGAUCUCCGCCAUCCACGCCUCCUGCGACCACAACGGAUAAAAAAGCAAAUAACGAGAGAUUCGUUUAAUAUUUUAAUGAUGAGAAAGCAAAAAAGAAAAAAAAACUUUUUCUUUC